AUGUUUAUCCACGACUCCAGUAAACCAAUUGAUUUUUUUUCAAAAUUAAAAAUUCAUAAUUAUUUUUAUAAGGAUUUUUACUUCGAACAAAUUACACAUUGGCAAUCUCCUUAUAUGCAUGCCUAUUUUCCAGCUUUGAACUCCUAUCCAUCUUUACUUGGAGAUAUGUUAGCAAAUGGUUUAAAUCAAUUAGGAUUUACAUGGGCAUCAAGUCCAGCAUGUACAGAAUUAGAGACUGUUGUGAUGGAUUGGUUAGCAAAAAUGAUUGGUUUACCUAAUGAUUUUCUUCAUUCACAUGCUGAUACGACUGGUGGUGGUGUGAUUCAAACAACAGCAUCUGAGGCAACACUUGUAGCAUUACUUGCUGCUCGCAAAGAAGUUAUUCGUCGUAUUCAAACUCAAUUUCCUUAUUUAAGUCCAGCUGAAAUUAAUGGACGUCUUAUUGCUUAUUGUUCUGAUCAGGCUCAUUCGUCAGUAGAAAAAGCAUGUCUUAUUGGUUUAGUUAAACUUAAUCUUGUACCAAGUGAUGAUAAAUUACGUUUACGUGGUGAUGCAUUAAGACAAGCUAUAGCAAAUGAUAAAGAAAAUGGUCUUAUUCCAUUUUAUGUAAGUACAACUGGAGCUUGUGCUUUUGAUAAUCUUCUUGAACUUGGUGCAAUAUGUGAACGAGAAAAUAUUUGGAUACAUGUUGAUGCAGCUUAUGCUGGAAGUGCUUUUAUAUGUCCGGAAUUUCGACAUUUUAUGAAUGGAGUAGAAUAUACGCAUUCAUUUGCAUUUAAUCCAUCUAAAUGGAUGAUGGUACAUUUCGAUUGUACUGCAAUGUGGGUAAAAUCAAGUGCAGCACUUCAUCGAGCAUUUAAUGUUGAUCCAUUAUAUCUUCAACAUGAAAAUGCAGGUGUAGCAAUUGAUUAUAUGCAUUGGCAAGUUCCUUUAAGUCGUCGAUUUCGUGCAUUGAAACUUUGGUUUGUUAUUCGUUCAUUUGGUGUUGAAGGUUUACAAAAACAUAUUCGAAAUAGUGUUCGAAUGGGAAUUUUAUUUGAAUCGUUAGUCAAAAGUGAUGAUCAUUUUGAAUUACCAGCUGAACGACAUCUUGGUUUAGUUGUUUUUCGAUUAAAAGGUGACAAUGAAUUAACUGAACAAUUAUUAAAAGAAAUUAAUAGUGGUGGACAAAUCCAUUGUGUACCAGCAUCAAUUAAAGGCAAAUAUAUCAUACGUUUUACAGUUACAGCAACAUCAACAAAUGCUGAUGAUAUCAAUCGUGAUUGGAAAAUAAUUCAAACAGCAGCUACUAAAAUUCUACGUCCAUUAGCAAAUUUAUCACCACAAGAACGACGUAAUAAAAUUAAAAAUCUUCAUAGUGAUUUUCGUAUGUCACUUGUUUUAUCUAAUACACCACAUAGUCCAUGUUUAAUUAAUGGAAGUUUUGCUGCUAUGCUUCCACUUAAUACCAAUAAUAUAUAUGCCAUGACACAUGAAUUAAGUCAACGUGGAUUAAAAAAUUCUCUUUUACCAAUAUCAACACGAAGACGAACAAAAAAUUAUUCUGGUCAACCAACAAUUAAUAAACAAAUGAGUAUGGAUGGAUGUUUGAUAAAUAGUGAUCAACAAAAGUAUUUAUUACCAAUAACACCAUCAUCAUUACCAAUAAGUCGACAAGGAAGUUUAGAUUCACGUAUUGAAGAAAUUUUAGAAAAUAAUACUAUGGAUAAUAAAGGUAGUAAUGAACUUUUAUCAAUACCAACAAAUACUCAUACUGAUAUAAAUAUAAUUGUACCAAAAAUUAUUAAAGAAUGA